AUGUCGACCGGUCCUCGUGCUUUCCACGGCAUCCAAGCAAGCUCACGCUGGCCUGACGCGCUUCUCGUUAACCCCGCGCGCACACUCGCAGGAUAUCGGACAGUGGCAUCAGCCGGCACCGCUUCCCUGGUCAGCACAGCAGCGGCUUUCCCUUUCGAUUCGCUCAAAUCGCGCUUGCAGGUCAAGUAUUACCCUUCCAUUUGGGCGUGCGGCAGAGCGGUUUUGAAGGAGGAAGGUCUCAAAGGCUUCUUCAGAGGGGUCUGGAUUCCACUGAUUACCAUCAGCUUUGUUCGCACAUCAUCCUUUUCUAUAUACGUCUCGACGAAGGAAGCGCUGCAUCGUAGAGGCGUCUUCGCUGAAGCUCCCAACAAUCUGGUGCACACUGCGUUGAGCGGUGCUGCGGGUGGAGCUACAAGCGGGGUACUGAUUAGCUGUGGUUCAGCGCCUUUCGAGCUGGUCAAAGUCCAGCGGCAAUUAGAGUACCUCACGGCUGUGCAACAAGGCCUGAUUAGCAGUAGCAGCGACAGCAAGGGAGGCAACAAGUAUAGGGCUCAAUCCGGUUUCCAAGCUGCUAGCAACAUCUGGAAGAAUCAUCGAGGCCCGCGAGGUUUCUACCUCGGCUUCCCUCUGCACAUUUGCAGGGAUACGCUGGGAACGGCCCUCUACUUUGGCUUCUACGACACCAUUAGAGCCUUGGUCGGCCGACAUACUACCACCAAGCCCGGCAGCGGAGGCUCGCCUGAGUUGUGGGGCUUGCCCGGACCGGUCGUUUCCUUCGCGUCAGGAUCAACGGCUGGUAUCGCAUCUUGGUUGCUGGCAGUCUAUCCGGUGGAUCUUCUCAAGACAAAUGUGCAGCAGCGCGCGCUCUCGAAUCACCCCCAGCAACUUACGGGGUGGCAGCUGUUUCAGCACUUGAUGAGGGAAAAGACGAGUCCCAGCGGAUCUGCAGAGGGCGGAUCGAUAAGGAGAUUCCUGAGGCUCUAUAGAGGAUUGGGCGUCUCGGCACUUAGGAGCUUUGUAAGCCACGGACUCACGUGGAGCCUGAUCGAGACUAUCCAAGCCAGGAUCGACGAGAGGACGAGAUAUAUGCGCGAAGGCGUGUAA